CCGGGCACCGCGGAGGGGAGGAGGACGAUGAGGAGGAUGCUGCCACCGCCGGGGGGAGGGGGGACCCUCCGGGGAGCCCCUUCCUCGCCACCCGCGCGGGUGCGGGGGGUCCCUUGGCACCUGCAGCCCCCCCGCCCAGGGAGCGGAUCGGGGGGGACGUGGCCCCGCUGCACCCCCGAGGGAAAUGAGGAGAAGGGGCUUCCCCGCUGCCCGGUGGGUGCCGGGGGGGUGGCCGUCACCCGCCGUUCCCCCGCACCCCGGGCGGGUGUCCUGACCUUGGCCGUGGGGCGGGGGCUGCGGCGGGGACGUGCUGGGUGGCUCUGCCCGGUUGCGGCCACCACCGGGGACACACCAGUGUCCCCAUGGUGCGAGAGGGGAGAAAGGGUGGCAUCGGGUGGGGGGUGCAGGGCGUCCCCAUCCCCGUCUCACGCUGGCGGUGCCGCGGCCCGGCAGCCGCCCGUCACCCCGGUCCCCUUCGCGGGGACCUCCUGAUCCCCAUCAUGAGAGGUGACAGUCCCCGCCAUGGGGGGUGACAAUCCCACAGCCUCGUGGGGCUAAGGCGUGGGGUGGCCAAGCCCAGGCUGUGCCAUUGCAGGGUGUUUUGGGAACUAGGACGGUGUGACCCCCCCCUCCCUGAGGUGCCAGCAGCGGGGACCACAAAUUGUCCCCGGUGUCCCUAGGCACUGCUGCAGGCGCUCGUUCCCUGCCCCGCAUGGAGAAACCCUGCAGUCAGUGGACACCUCCCCUUCCCAUGCCUUUGUCACCCAGCUGUCACCGCCUCCCCCAGCCAGGGUCCCCAUGUGCCCCCAUCCCCACGAUGCUGCCGCACCCAGGGCGCUGAUCCGCUGGGUGCUGGGGACCACCCCGCUGCUGUCCCCGCCUGCUCCAGCUGUGUCCCCAGGCAGGGGUGGCAGGGACCCUGGCGCUGGCGGCACUGCUGUGGGGCUGCUCCCGGGGUGGCAGGGGGCUGCUGUCAGCCUUCUGCCAGGAUCCGCACGGCUUCCACAUGCCCGGGAAAGGGGAAUCACGGCACCGGCCUCAGCUCGGGGACCUCAGCCAUGUCCCCUCCUGGGGACACCUUUGGCAGCUGCCGUCAGCCCGGCUGGCGUGGGGUGACGGGUGCUGGAGGGCCACAGUGACAAGAUGGAGCUACCAGCAGGAUGUGACCCCCCCCCCCCCAACCCCGCCAGGCACCGGUGGGCUCCUGUGAGGAGUGGCUGUGGCAGUGCCAGCACCAUCUGUAGUGGGACAAGCAGCGAUGGCGGGUCCCACGGGUGCCCGUGUCCUGCCAGCAGCCGUGGGGACAAUGACCCGCAUCCUGCCAACCCACCCACGCUGCCCUGGCACGGGGGGCUCCGGGGACUGCCCCCCGUCGCGGCGGUGCCAGCCUGCCGCUGCCAAUUGCCACGGCGGCGGAGACCGAGCCCUGCCUGCAGCGCUGGCACCGCUCCCACUCCCCGAGCCCCGGGGUCACCGUCCCCUGGCGAUGGCACUGACAUCCCGCACCGCCGCCAUCCCCGAGCCCACCGCGCCGCGGGAGCCUCUGCCCGCGGUCCCUCUGUACUAUUCCUGGCAGGUUUGGGGCUGGAGGGGGGAUACACGACACCCCGGCAAUGCCAGCAGCCUGGAGACCUGGCACCCCGCCGGCUGCACCGGGGUCACCCCGGGUCCCCCAGCCGUGCCGGCGGCCGGGCAGUGUGGGGGGCCCAGGGGACCCCAGCCUGGCCGGUGGAGAUGGAGGGGCUCCCCCCGCGCCCGGGCUCCAUCCCAGCCGCCCCCAGCCGGACUGGGAAGCCCCUGGGCCCAGCCCCGCGACGGACUGGUUUGAACUGGUGUGGCGGGGGGGAAGCUGGGCUGGGGCUGGGCUGGCAGCGCCUGGCGCGGGCAGGAGAGGCCAUGGGGGGAGAGCAGGCAGGGGCAGGCAGGAGCGGGCAGGGGCCUCGCUCGGGGGCCGCAGGUGCUGGGGCGUCCGGCCAAGCCACCGCAGGGCUUGUCCCCGUCCCCAUCCCGGCGGGGCCCCCGCGGCGCCCCGUUUCCCGAGGCCGCGUGGUUUGGCAGCCUCCCGCUCGCCCGCCCGCGGCCGCGCUGGGAGCCCUGGCGUCAGCGGCUGGAGGCCCCUUUCCCACCCGUCCCGCCCGGGGAUGGCUGCGGUCCCCACCCAGCACCGCCCGCACCGGGACCCCCCAACCUCCCAACCCUGAGGACGUGAGGACGCGACCGUCGUGGUGGGACCAGCAGUGACGCCUUGCCUGGCCCCAUCGUCGGGGGACCAUCGUCGCCGGGGGGCCGCCAGCCCCCCGUCCCACUCCCUGGGCUGGGGGUCCUGCUGUGCCACCCAAGCUGUGGGGUCCUGCCCCUGUGUCUCUCUGUCCCCGAGCUGUGCCACCAGGCUGUGGGGCACAUGGGGGUUGCUGGAGCCCCACAGCCGUGGUGGGGCUCGGGGGGGGACAGUCCACGGGCACAUCCCGCAGUGGGGCGCAGGGUGAAACCCCCCAGAGGGGACGGGCCCCACUGCAGGCAGGCAGGGAAAGCUCAGUGAGUGUCCCUGUCCCGGGAGACGGGACGCUGAGAUGGGGCAGCCUCCACAGCGGCGGGAGGAGGUGGAUGCUCAGGCGAGGACCCCCCCACUGAAGAGGAGGGACCCGCCUAUGGGGCUGACCCCACGGCCGCGGGAGGCUCGGGGUGAUGAGAUGCUGUGGGGCGGCUCCUCCCACCCUGGGAGCCUGGGACAGGAACCCCCCCGGGGCCGGCCCCUCGGCCAGCACAGGGGUGCAGGCGGGGGGUCCCCCGCCCCGCCGCCCGGGCCCCAUGCCCCCCGCGGCUCCUCCGCAUUCCUCAGCGUCUGAGCCGGGCUGGACCCCCGCCAGCGCGGGGGGCCCCUCCGGCGGGGCAGGGCGGGGGACGGGCCCCCCGGGGCGGGGUGGGGAUGGAGGGGGGCCCCCCCGCUGCCACGUGUGCUGGGUGCGCCGUGCCCCCCGACACGGCCCCUCGGCCGCCCCCACCCUGCCCUGGGCGAUGCGGGUGGCCGCGGGGGCACAGCCGGGGGACGGCAUCGGCUCUGGCUCGGGCGCUCACUGCUGCACCGAGCUGCCC